AUUGGGGAGCUUUCUGUUCACAACAUUUCACCAAGACACUGGGCCAAGAGACUUCAGGGAAAGGAGAAGUGAUUUCCUAACAGUUGGCCAGAGAACCAUAUAACUUUUUAGAUGACAUUCAAGACAUUUCACUAACAAAGACUGUGGGCCUCAGUCUAACUGACUCUUCUUGGUAUUAUGGAUUCAGGAGAUGAUGGAGAAGCCCUCAUUGGUCAGGCACUGCUGAGGCUCCAGGAUGGUGUUGCCAUGGCGAUGUCACAUGUCCGUCAGAGAGUUGUACAGAGCUUUGUCGUUUUCUUUUUUGUCUUACUGCUACUCUGGAUCUCAUCCUUUUUAUAUGGGAGCUUCUACUACUCCUACAUGCCCAAGGCGGCUUUUUCCACACCUGUGCACUAUUACUACAGGACAAACUGUGAAUCUCCUUCCUCUUUUCUGUGCUCUUAUCCAGUGGCCAACAUCUCACUGAUGAGGAACAGGAAACAUGUGCUCACAUUUGGUCAAGUCUAUCGGAUCUCUCUCCACCUGGAGAUGCCUGAUUGUCCGGCCAAUCAGGAGCUGGGUAUGUUCAUGAUCAAGACAUCCUGUUUCUCUCGGGAUGGAAGCCAAGUCACCUCCUCUGCUCGUUCUGCAAGUCAACUGCUGCCCGCCUCCAGCUCUCGCUUUAGCAUGCUGCGAUAUCGCUCAGACCUGCUAAAGUAUCUGGAAACGCUGCUGUUCCUCCCGGCCUUUCUGAGUGGAGCCACUGAGCAGAAACAAAUGCUGGAGGUGGAGCUUUUCUCAGACUAUACAGAUGACCCUUAUAGCCCCUCAGUCACUGCCGUCAUUGAGAUCCUGUCCAACAAGGUGCAGAUCUACUCAUCACAUCUCUACAUUCAUGCUCAUUUCUCUGGUUUAAGAUACUUGAUCUUCAACUUCCCUCUCCUAUCAGCCCUGGUGGGCAUCUCCAGCAACUUCAUCUUUCUCAGUUUCCUCUUCGUCCUCAGCUACAUGCGGCUGCUGUUGAAGGUGGAAUGGGGUCCAGAGCAGCACAGAGCAGAUGGACUGCUGUCAGAUAGGGACGAGAACGUGAAAAACAACCAGCAAGAGGAUGGAAAAAAUGCUGCUGGAGAUGCUGCAGAACGUCUGGGGCCCCUCCAGAUAACCCCCACAAAUCUGAGCCAGCAGAAGCCCCGUUUGCAAGUGCAUAACAGACAGACACGGAGUGAAUUAAGUGAAUCAGAGGCAUCCCCAGGCCAAUAAUAAAGGAGAGAGAGAGAGAGAGAGACAGAGAGAGAGAGAGAGAGAGAGAGAGAGAGAGAGAGUAAAGAUUGAUGUUGAUAGUAAGAUGUAAGGAUGAAUAUUUAAGAGAUAUAUGUGGUUGAAAAUGACUCGGAAAGCCCUCAUACACCAAAGCACAAAUAUGCUGAGUUAUGGAGGAUGUGGAACUGUCUCAUACUGUUGUUUCAGCUUUAAUGUUAGGACUCUAUGAUUUAUAGGUUUACAUAUCUGAAACUUCAUUACUUCGUUUCUCCUUUUCAUUGCCUUAUUAUUACUUAAAUAUAUCAGACAUUAUGACAGGCAUAUGAAUAAAUAGAGACAAAAUAUGUAACGUCACCAUCAAAUUAUCCGAUAUAUAUUUUUAAAACUCGCCCU